AGUUUCUGUUCCCUACAGAACUGUAGGUUUUUGUAGUCUGAGCUUUCUAACGGAAGACGUCACCACAUACAGGAAGCCGAGUAUGCAAUAAAACUGUUAUUUUCCUCUGAACAGCGGUUAUAUUUCAUCAAUCAGACCAUAAAGAGGGCAUCAGCCUGUUGCAUCUGCAGAGCACUUUCUUUCACAGUUUGCAUCCCUAAUAAGCCAAAGCUCUUCACAAGAAUGGUCCCUCAUAACAUGACAUGGAUGAAGUACCCAAGCCAGAGCCAAAAUCCAUCCAGCAGUUUUGAAGACAUCAUCUUCUCGCAACACAUCAUAUCAAGAUUGAUGCAUGGCUAUAUUGCACUUUUCGUACCAGCUGGUUUGCUAGCUGGGAUCAUAAUCUUGGGCAUCUUCAUUAAGAACUACCUGCAGCACACUUUAGAUAAAUUAGACAUACUGAUUUUUGCUUAUACCUCCAGCAACAUUUUAAUGAUUUUUUUAUCACUCACCAUCACCACAAGGCCUGCCUAUCUCAAAGUAUCCUAUUUCGAAUGUGGAGCGCUGUCGUUUUUUUUCAAUUUGAGUUACUUCAGUUCUCAGUACCUUCUCCUCCUAAUGGUGCUAAGCCUUUUUCUCAAGAGGCACCCACCACAGAACGCUUUAAUUACUAAGGCACACCAAAAUCCUAUGGUAUGUGUUGGAUUUGUAUUGACGUGUGCUUUUUGCGCUGCACUGAUAGUGGUGGCACUGCUGGGCCUCGUGAAUUACCAUGAAGAAACAGACUGCCAAUUAGAUCCUUUAUUUGCAUGGCCUGAAUAUGAGAUUAUUAAAUUUACCUUUGGCUUCUGCAUUCCAUCUUUGGCCAAGCUUCUCUGCUUUAUUUUACUGCUUGUUAAAAAACCUCAGCCAGAAAGCCAUCCUUCAAGACAAAAUAUCCAUCCUUAUUUGACUGUUUUGGUUAUUACUAUAACAAUGUUUGUGUGCCGUCUAUUUUACAACAUUAUGAUUCUCUCCAGGACCAACUUGAAGAUACAGGGAAACAUAGGGACACCUCAAAACGAACUGACCAUGAAUAUUGCAGAGGUUGUGUUGUUCAGUGAAUGCUGCAUUAGUUUAGUAAUCAUACUUUGGCUUCAUAAACCAUGCAGAAACGUAUUAUUGCAUAUUAUAACUAAUCUCACAAAUGUUUGCCGGAGGAGAAAUGCUAGCAAUACAACUCUUGAAAUACGAGAAACUCAUACCGAAGUCUCAUCUGUGCCAUCUGAAAAUGAAUCACACUGACUUUUGCCUUCCGAAACAUUUGUAUUAAAGAAAAGAGCUACACAUCUGCUAUCAUACAGAACUUGAAGGAAUAAAAGGCUUCCAAGCUUCUUUAUUUCUACGAUCUAGCUACUGAAGAAUAAAUACGAUCCAGUGUGGAUUGACAGC